AUGGCUAGAUCCCACCAGCGGUAUCGCGGCGUCCGACAGAGACAUUGGGGUUCUUGGGUCUCCGAAAUUCGCCACCCUUUACUGAAGACCAGAAUUUGGCUAGGCACAUUCGAAACGGCGGAGGACGCAGCAAGAGCAUACGAUGAAGCAGCGAGGCUCAUGUGCGGCACAAAGGCACGUACCAAUUUCUCAUACAAUCCCAAUGAGACCAUGUCACAUUCAUCCAAGCUUCUCUCGGCAGCUUUGAUUGCAAAGCUCCACAAAUGCAACAUGGCCUCUCUGCAAAUGGCCAAAACUACUAAUAACAAGCCAGUUCCAAAGGAGGAACCACAGCAACAAGUACACUACAAUCCAGCAGCCCCUUCUGCCACCUGCAUUAUCGAAACCGGCGACGUUUCGGGUUUCGAUUGGCCCGAGAAGAUCAGAGAGUACAGUGGAGUGCAGCAAUGGGUUGAACAGGGGAGCUGGGUUGGUGGUGGUGAUCAGGUACUCGGGAGUCCACACGAUCAUCAGCAGCAUCAUCAGCAUCAGCAGGAGUUUAUUGAGAGACUUGAGGAUGAUCAUAUAGAGCAGAUGAUUGAGGAGCUGCUUGAUUAUGGUCACAUUGAGAUUUGUCCUGGUGUUUCAACAUAG